AUUAAUGUUUUGCAUAUGUGGUCCAAGAGAAACUGGCAAUAAUGAAAAGAGUCAAUAAAGUGUGAACUAAUAAAUAGCAACUAGCCUUUAAGCAAAUAUGAGGAGGAAAUCAAUGAAGCCAUGUAUAAAUUAGGAUUAAUAUGUAAAUAUAGAAGAUAGUAUAAAUUAAUGUAAUUUAUUGUUAAGAAGUAGAUUUCAGAUAAAAAAGUGAUUAAUAAAUGGAUUUUAAGGAAUAUACAGAUUUUAUCAAUGAUUAUUUUCAGGGAAAUAACUAACAGUCAUAAAACUAAUUGGAAAAUAAUACUGAACUAUCAGCGAUUAAAUUUGAAGUAAGCAUAAGUGUAAUUUAGGAAACAAAGACAAAUACUGAUCGAAUGAGAUUAUUACAUCUUGGAGAUGGGUUGUUAGCUAGAAUAAUUAGCAUCAAUUAAACUAAUACGUCAUCAUACAAAGAUUCAUUUUCACCAUUUAUAAUUAAAGUUUUGUAAGAAACAAAGAGAUUUUAUGAUGUAAAACAAUUAUAUAAAUCUUAGAUUAAUCCUAUUUAUGAAGUCUAAUUUGUAAAGCAAUUAAUACCACAUUUUAUAACAGAACAAACUUACUAAAGAGUAAAGAAUGAUAAAUUACUAAUUGCUCAUGAUCCAACAGGGAGUUUCUUAAUUAAGCACGCACUUUCAAGUUAAGAAGUCUAUUACAUAUAAGAAUCAAAAACGUAUCGAAAUAUAUUAAAUAAUGCUUUAAAUAUUUUAAAAUUAAAAGAUAAAGUAAAUUACAUAUUUAAAUCAGAUAUCACUGAAAAAUUAGAUACAGUUUUACUAAGUAAUUCUGUUAAUAAUUUUUAGAUUUAUUUCACAUUUAAGAUACACCUAUAUCUUUUGUUAUUCAAGAAUACUUAACUUUAGCUCAUGAUAUGAUAAUCAUAUUAUCUC